UUGUUGACGCCUCGCUUGUCUAUCAUUCGCAUGAGACAAGUAAGGCAAAAGAUCCCUCUUCUUCUCAUCCCAUAUUCUCUUCUCAUACAUCAAACUCAUUUUACUCCGAUGAAUCCAGUAGCAUUGAACAUUCAACAAGAAUAAAAUUUAUAUCUGGACAUUCGGUUACAAGACCAAUUAUUCUAUCGACUUCAAGCAACUCAAAUUCUGUCAGAGUUAAUCAAAAUAUUAAAAAGUCCCUCAAACUUGAAACAUUUAUGGAUGAUGAAUUACAAUGCCGACAAGAAAAUAAUUCUAUUGCAUCAGAUGAUUCGCGAUCCGCGUCUCUUGCUCAAAUAUCAAUUGUUAAUAGACCGGCAAGCCGUUCAAAACUUUACCGCAGGUCCUCUUUGAAAGCCCCGGUGGAUGCAGAUCAGACAAAAAUUUUCAAUCAACCGCGUAGUUCUUCCACGGAACUUGCAAUGUCCUCAGAUAACGAAAGUAAAAUCAAAUGGAAUGAAGAGAACGUACACAUUACCUGUAAUCCUCUAUCAUCACCCUAUCCAUACUCUACUCCUUGCCACAAAAAAGAACGCAUACGAGAUACCCAGGUGCAGGAUGAGGAACCUAAACCACAUAGCUGUGGAAAGUUCCUACCGAUAUUGUCUCUGAUUCCCCUAACACUUGUCAGUUUUCAGUAUCUCAGUCCAAAGAUGAAGUUUUCAUGGUGGCGUAAUAAAAUUUCGUGAAGGCACGCCUAACGGGCAUAUUAUCAUGACUUGAGCAAACUUUUAUUACUAUUAGUUCGAGUCGGGUGUAAUUUGUCAAACAAUUUGAAACCUAUUACCUCCUAGUUAGAACUCACUCCUCGCCAACUAGAGGAAGAGCCUGUUUCGUCCUCUCGUGUCUCGUAAUCCUUAAUUAGGACAUGUAAGCACGGAAUUUAUGUAGUAAGAGAUAAGAGAAUCCUAUGUGACGAGAGAAUGCUCAUUCUUUAUAACAGAUAAGUUACAUUUUUUCGAUUAUCAGCAAUCUUAAAUCCUUCUUUCAUCGUUUGACAAAUAUUUCCAUCUAAACCAUUGCUGUCAUCAAAUUGUUUUUCUUUUUUUACUUUUUUAUUUUAUUUUCAAUAUGCAAAAACCAUGUAACAAUAGUCUUAUAUUUUUUAAUAAAAGUUUCAUAGAUAAGAGGAUUAUAUUUUUUAUAGUCAAAUUGAAUCCGCCAUAACAAUAAUUCCAAAGGCACAAAACGAUUGAUUCGUCAGUGUAUGAAAAAUGAGCAGUAUUGAUAUCGGGGGGAGCGGGGAAGAGAAAACUGUGAUCGUAUAUAUGAAAUGUGUGUAAUAAUUCUGUGCUUUAUGCAAAUAUCAUUACUAGUUAUGCAUGCCAUAAUACAAGCAAACAUAUAAACUUCUUCUUUCAACUUAACGAACCUCAUUAUUGUUAUCAUUCUCAGUCUAAUUGUAUGGAUAAAUAGCCUCACCUCAUUUAAAAAAAAAUUAAGAGAAAAUAGAAAAAAUAACAAUAAAAAAGAAAUUCAAGUCAUCGGUGCACGUCUACAUUGAAAUGACUAAUCUUCACAGUAGAUGAGAAUAUUGAAUAUGUACCUAGGUAGAUAAAUGCAGUUCGUAUUAAUGAAGCGGAAUCAUCAUAUAAAUUAGUUUUGUUGUAACUGUUAUCAUAAAUAUCUCUAUAUAUAUAAUUGUCUUUCGCGCAACGUUUAUUCACAUUAUGCGUGUAAUAAUUGUUCUCAAUUUUAUUUGUACCAAGAAUAUUUAGUGAAAUUCUCAAUGCGUGGAUACGCACGUCUGGUGUCGGACUGACGAUUAAGUACCUGUAAGUGUGAAAGUAGAUUAAUACGGAAUUAGUGAUCGACGUUUUAAAGGUGGUGUAUGAAUUCUGCGCAUUCCUACAUGGCCAAUUUCACUCUGUUAAUUCUCGACGUUUAUAGUAUAGCUGCUAUUAAUAGAUAAAAUUAUUGCACUCUGAUCCAUCGAGUGGUAGGUGGCAAAUUAUUGAAUCGAAGCGUCUAUAUUGUUACUCUAUGCUUUGUGAAGUAGAGUCUAUACUGUAAAUCUGCCCAUGUCAUCUGAUGAUUUGGUUGGCAGUUGAGCCAUGUAACGAGAGUAAGUUUUUAUUCAAAGGUAGCUGAACAACUGGAUCUUAUUUACUUUUAUAAUUGUAAAUGUUAUAGAGAUCACAGGGUACAGAUGAAAUUAUUGAAUGUAAUGCUUAAUUACUGUUAUUGAUAUGAUACAGAAUAGUAGCAUGUGCUGUUAGUAUUUUCAUAAAGAAAUUUUUUCCGAUCAUUGACAAUUAGUAGUAAUUGAUUAGUCGUCAUUUUGUUUCUGUAAAUUUCUUUUCUCAGGUACGACGAGUCUUUCAAAUAGUGUACUAGACGAUCGUCAAUAUAUGGUUCCUUGUCGCAAUCUUAGUUAAUUACAUAAAUGAUAACAUGUACCUCCAUUUCGAUCCAUAGAUAUUUUUUAUGCCCUUUUACAAAGUCUUUGGCUACUCAAUGGCCGAUAUCCCUGAUUGUAUCAUCGGCUCUUUUCAUCUGUGGAGUCAUGGAAAGUAUAAGAUGAACAAAUCGGUGUUACUACCAGAGCAUUCAAAUAAUAAUCCUCGAUGAAGUAUCCAAUGACGUUGAGUACUAAACCUCUGGUGAAAACUAAUGAGUGAUAACGUUUUACUCAAUUUCGAUAAAAUCAGAUUUUCCGAUCUGAAAUAUGUUAUGUCAAAAGUCAGCAGCUACAAAUUGUUAGAAAGUAAGAAUUUUAAUUGAAGUAUGUUACAGUUAUGCACUAUUGUAUACCUAUGUAUACACGGGUAGAUCAUCGUGACAUGUUCCAAAAUGAUGAUAAUUUGCUGUAUGUAAAUACCACACCAUCAAUCAUUAUUGCAUGUUAAUAAACAGAACUAAUUUAUGUAUUCUAUCGAAAAAUAAAAAUUAUAUUUAAUCUGGGA